UAGUGAUAAGGCGUCUUCCGUUAUUAUAAAAGAGACCGUGCCUGUAUCUCGACCAUCAUUUCCCGAGUUGAAGAGUGAAAAUUGAUUCGAGUAUCAGUGCAUAGUUCAGGAUACUUACAAUGAGAGCAACAAGCCUUUUGGCCGCAGUACUGUUGGCCGCAGUAGCUGUCACUUCAGCCAACGCAGAAGAUGAGUCAACAAUUUGGACAGAAUGUCCGGAUACUGAUCCGGUUAAUGCCACAAUUCACGUGCCCCACGAAUCUGAUUGUUCGCUCUUUUACUCCUGUAGAAAUGGAGAGCGAACGUUAAUGCAAUGCCCUGAAAGCAAUAAAGUCGGAGGCAAGCUUCACUUUGAUGCGGUUAGACAAAUUUGCGUAUGGCCAGAAGAGUCUAAUUGUCGAAUUUCUGAGGACGUCAAUAUUGUAACAACCGAAGCUGCUACAGAGAUCCCUGAAGUGACUACACUAGCUCCGGAAGAACCUAUAAUUCCUACAGAAGCUCCUGAAGAUGACGAAGUUUCAGAAAGCGAAGAAAGUGAAUCGUCACCACCAACGGAAUGUCCUGAGGAUAACGAAGGUGAAGCGGUUCAUAUUGCCCAUGAAUCCGACUGUGGUCUAUUCUACAAGUGUAACUUUGGAGAGAAGGUGUUGCAGCAGUGUCCAACUGGUCUAGCAUUCAAUGCCGCUGAACAAGUAUGCGAUUGGCCCUGGUCAGCUGGAUGCGAAGUACAGAGCGAGGCAGAUUCUGAAAGUUCUGGUACAACCGCAAGCAAUGAAGACAGCAACGAGGAUGACGAAAGUGAGGAAAUCGAUGAGGAUACAAGUUCUGAGGAUUCAAGUGCACCUCCGACAGAAAGCGAGUCUGACGAGACGGACGGUUCCGAUUCCACCUCUACAGAGGCAGAGGUGAUAAUACCAACAGAAUGUCCGGAGAAUAACGAAGGAGACGCAGUACACAUCGCCCAUCCCUCAAAUUGCAGCCUAUUCUACAAGUGUAACCAUGGGGAGAAGGUGACACAUGCGUGCCCGAGUGGUCUUGCAUUUAAUCCCGUUUUACAAGUUUGCGACUGGCCCUGGUCAGCUGGAUGCGUAGCACAAAGCGAGGAAGAUUCUGAAAGUUCCGGUACAACUGAAAGCCAUGGAGACAGUGACGAGGAUGACGAAGGUGACGAAACCGAUGAGGAGGAAUCGACCGAUUCUAGUUCUGAGGAUUCAAGUGCAGUUUCGACGGAAAGCGACUCUGACGAGACCGACGGUUCCGGUUCCGCCACUACAGAAGCAGAGGUGAUAAUACCAACGGAAUGCCCCGAAAAUAACGAAGGUGACGCAGUUCACAUCGCUCACGAAUCUAACUGCGGUGUAUUCUACAAAUGCAACCAUGGGGAGAAAGUGCUGUGGAGCUGCCCGAGUGGUCUUGCAUUCAAUCCCAUUUUACAAGUUUGCGAUUGGCCCGAAGCCGUUGGAUGUACAUUGGAAGAAUCAGAAGAAGUUGAGAGCUCCACCAGCUCUUCUACCGAAGAUGAGAACGACCACUCUGACGAAUCUAGCAUAACUGAAGUUCCUAGCAUCACAGAAGAAGCUGCUACCACAGAAGAAGUGAUUAUACCAACGGAAUGCCCUGAGAGUAAUGGAAGCGAUUCGGUUCACAUUGCGCACCCAUCUGACUGUAACCGUUUCUAUCUAUGUAAUCACGGAAGUAAAGUUGAAAUGACGUGUGCACCUGGACUGGAAUUCAAUCCAGUGGAACAAGUUUGCGAUUGGCCUGCAAAUGCAGGCUGUGUGGCCACUGAAGAUACCACAUUAGAUGAGUCCGUUAGUCGUUAACUCUAUCGAAACUGACCCAGCAUCUACAAGUUUCCCGAUGUAAAUAAGUACUGUCGUCAGAAUGUUAGUAUCACUACCUGGGAAGAUGGAAACAACAAAAAUGCACGACUCAUAUCGCUCUGUACUAUUCAUACAAUUUGUGAGCAAUGUGUAUGAUAUGCUAAUAACUAAAUUCAAUAAAUUAACCCUAUCAUGAA